GGGGACGGAGAAAAAGGAGGAGUUGGUCGUGAGGAACCCAGCCCCGCAGCCCAGCAGCUCCAGCGUCUGCCAUGCCUCCUGCCCAUUAAAUGCAGAACAGGGGCUGCUCAUGAGGCCACUGCGGAGCUGGAGGAGAAGGAACCGAGGCAUCACCCUGGGACUCUUCGCUCUCUGCCUAGCCGCAGUCCGCUGCUUGCAAAGCCAGGGGGUGUCGCUGACCAUUCCACAGCCCAACAUCAACGCCACAGUGGCCCAAGACAUUCUACUCUCAGUGGAAUAUUCCUGCCAUGGAGUACCUACCAUCGAGUGGAAAUAUACAUCUUACUGGGGGAUGCAAAAAAUUGUGGAGUGGCAACCUGGAACCCAAGCCAACAUCUCCCAAAGCCAUAAGGGUCGAGUGUGUACUUUUGACAAUGGUUCAAUUCAGCUCUUUAGAGUAGGUGUGAGAGACACCGGUUACUACACGGUCACUGUGACUGAAGGCCUUGGAAGCAGCCAGUUUGGCAUCAUUGUGCUCCAUGUGUCUGAGAUUCUCUAUGAAGAUCUACAUUUUGUGGCGGUCGUCCUGGCUUUUUUGGGUGCCGUGGCCACGGUGUUAAUCAGCCUCAUGUGGGUCUGUAAUAAGUGUUCAUACAAAUUCCAGAGGAAGAAGAGACACAAACUGAAAGAAAGCACAACUGAAGAGAUCGAGCUGCAAAAUAUUGACUGUUAGCCAAGUCCAGGCUGAAGGACAUUCCUACCUCAAGCAAAAAAAAAGACUUGAUUUUAAAUGAAACAAGCAAACAAAACUAAACACCCAACCCUGCCACCUUCCACAGCUUGAGCAUGUUUUUGUACAGAUUUUUUUUUCACAGGAUAGAACUUCAUCCCUGAUGAGUGAUCCAAGGACACAUGAAAAUUUAUAGGUCUGAUCAAGGAGGAAGAGAAGGACCCUGGAUGAACAGGGCAUCAAUCAGUUUCCACCCUUAAGCUGAAAUCUUGUGGAAGGUUGUGUUGGGGUUUAAACAAGUGAGUCACUGCUUUUGCAAAAGAGUUUGAAUGAAGAACUCCCAUUGGUUAUAUCUUCAGUGCAAUAAUGGUCCAUAGUGUCUUCCAAAGGAAGACCAAUUAAGAUGGAGAAAUCUGUACUAAGACAUGGCCAGCCUCAUGCUAACCCUCCUCAUAUGAUGCUAUGAGUGUGGUGACAGGGCUAUAGGAAGCUGUUGUUGAACUGUUUCAGUUGUGUCCUUCUCUUUGUGAUCCCAUUUGGAGUUUUCUUGGCAAAUAUUACUGGAGUAAUUUGCCAUUUCCUUCUCCAGCUCAUUUUACAGAUGAAGGCCUGAGGCAAACAGGGUUAAGUGACUUACCCAGGGUCAUACUAAGUAUCCGGGGCCAGAUUUAAACUCAUAAAGAUGUCUUCCUCUCACCAACCUGCCCCAUAUGGGAAAGAAGUACCAUAUUUUUAAAAAAACAAACAAAUCCUGACAUGACCUACAGACUUAGUGUGUACACAGCUACACAUUUGUGUAUGCACACUAUGGACGCACCUGCGCCAGGAAUAGAACCCACUUCUUUGGAUUCUUCAUAUCCCAUACAGCCCAUUAUUUCAUGCAUCAUUGUAAUAUAUCACUCAGUACAUAUUAUACCCAUUACAUUGGCCCUGAAAAGGUAAUUCGAAAAUAUAGGUAGUCCAUAAUUUUCAAAUGACCCAUACAUACAAAGAACCACCACCUCCCCUGCUCCCACCAGAACCUGAGCUGUUGAGAGAUUUUAAUAGACUGAAAGCUCAACAUGAAUCAGCAGUGUGACUUGGCAGCUAAAAAGGAAAUCUCAUGCAAUCUUGGGUUGCCUUGAUCACAGCACUUCCAGAAUAUUUUGUUCAGUUCUAGGCACUACAUUUUGGGAAACACUUGCAUGGUUUGAGGAGGGUGACAAAGAUGAUGAAGCCACUGGAUAUCAGUCCACGAAAGGACAUAGCCCAACCUCUAUGAAAUAAUAAUGGUUAGCCUAGAAAAGAAAAAUUUGGGUGGAGCAUGACUGCUAUCUUCAUGUAUUUAAAUAGCUUUUAUAUGGAAGAGUGAGUAGAUUUGUUGACCUGAGGGAAAAACUAGGAUCAGGGAGUAGAAGCCACAGAAAUGAAAAUUUUAUUUUGAUCUAAGGAUAAAAUAUGGCAACAAUUCAGUGUCCUGAGUGGAUUAGGCAGCUUUCCUUAUCACUUUUAAGUAGGUGCUGGAUAACCACUUAACCAGGGCUCUGUGAUAGAGGGGAUUCUUGUAGGUUGGAUAAAACCAUCUCUAUCUGGGUGACCCUAGGCAAACCUUUCAACAUCCCCUUGGGCCUGAGUUUUCUCAGCUGUAAAAUGAGGUGGAACAAAAUGGCCUCUGGGGUCCCUUUCAACUCUUAAAUCAAUAAUCCUCUGACCUCUAAGGACCAUUCCAGCUCUGAGAUGCUUUGACUGGUUAAGUCAUGGAAGCUGAUGUUGUGUUUUUUUUUUUAAAAAGUCCUUGGGAUUGUCAAGAAGUUAUGAGUUAUGAAGCAAAGGAAGGAAAGAAGUUGUGAAAAGAAGAUAGGAAAAGAAAAGAGCAACAUGAGAACACAGCAUCUAAUGGAAAAGGUACCCGCAGCUGGGAGAGAGUUGGAGACUGCUUGUUUUCAGCAACAGAAAUAGGAAACCAAAAGUCAGGGACUCCAGUACUAGCUACUUUAUUACCAUUUUACUGGCCUCCAUUUAUUUCACUUCUCCAGGCUAAGUUUCUCUGCUAUCCUAAACUACCUCAUAACCAGAUUACAAAGUGAAAGCAACAGAAAAUUGUAAAGCUCAGAAGUUCUAGAAAGUAAAGUAUCACAUGCAAGAAUUUCUCAAUAGCCUGGAACUCAAGAAUUGAAGCUCCUUGAAGGCAAUUUCACUUUCCUCUCAAUAUUCCCAGUACCUAGAAGUGUCUUGUGCACGGGGGAAUCUUAAGUACUUGUUGAAUCUUGAACAAAUGGGGGGAAUGUUACAGAAAAGGGGAAAAAGAACUGUGUCAGAUGAGCAAUCCAUGAUGGGAACAGAUAAAUGCCUUUGAUACCUGAGAGUUCAGAUAUCUAGAACUCUUGGUUGGAAAGAUAGUUUGGGGGAAAGGGGAGGGAGUUUACCCUGUUUCAGGGGACCACGUGAUAGAAAUAUCCCUAUUUUUGUCUUGUGAAGGAAUUCUGCCUUUUUCCACAACAGGAAAAUCAUCUUGAUUAAUUGUUAAAAGUGCAGGGGCAGGGGCAGCUAGAUGGCACAGUGGUUAAAGCACCAGCCCUGGAGUCAGGAGUACCUGAGUUCAAAUCCGGCCUCAGACACUUAACACUUACUAGCUGUGUG